AUGCUGUUCUCAUCAGUCCCUGUACUUGCGCUGGUCGCUACCAUCGCGACUGCCAACCCCAUCCUCCUUGAGAAGCGGGCACAAGUAACAUGCGGCUCAGCUCCAUACUACUUCGGCAACAGUGCCCAGAAUAAGGGGUAUACGGAUGCUGAAAAUCACCUUAACGCCCUACCCCCAACCACGGUACUAGCAGCCCCAAAUUCACUUGGUGAAAGAACCGCAUACCCUCACUACUACGGCAACAGCGAAGGCAUCGUCUUCCCCAAGGACGAAUGCAACAGCAACAUCAUUCGGCUGAACAUCUACCCAGUCUUUAUUGGAGGUGAGACGUUCACGGACGGCAAGGCGGCGAACUUGGAUCGUGUGGUAAUCGCCGAGAAGAAUGGUGGAGCGCUGGUCAGGUGUGGCCUUAUCACGCACAGAGGCGUGGCGAAUAAUGGGUUCCAGCUGUGUAAGUAG